CUUAAAUUAAAUCCAUAAAUUAAUAAGGCAAGUCAAUGAAACAAAGCGAAGCAGAGAGAGGUUUGCACUUUGCAGAGAGCAGAGAAAGGAAAAGGGGCAAAAGGGCUGAAGAAGAAGAGAGAUGUGGGAAUCUAUUGUUUUGACGGUGGUUGCCACCGCCGGCAACAACGUCGGCAAGAUCCUUCAGAAGAAGGGCACACUCAUUCUCCCCCCUCUCUCUUUCAAGCUCAAGGUCAUAAAGGCAUAUGCUUCAAACAAAACCUGGUUGAUAGGUUUUCUUAUGGACAUAAUUGGGGCACUGUUGAUGUUAAGGGCACUUUCUCUAGCUCCUGUCUCUGUUAUCCAACCAGUUUCUGGCAGUGGAUUGGCCAUUCUUUCGAUCUUUUCGCAUUUUUAUCUUAAGGAAGUCAUGAAUGUUGUUGAUUGGGUUGGCAUUACCUUGGCAGGUUUUGGCACAAUAGGAGUUGGUGCUGGAGGUGAGGAGCAAGAGGCUUCUGCUCUAUCCAUUUUACGUAUACCGUGGCUGGUAUUUGUCGUUUUCAUCUUGUUUAUACUACUUAAUGCAUGGCUUCGUAUAUGCAAACGUCAUCGCAGAGAACAAGAGAUGAUGGAAUAUGAUGUUGUUGAGGAAAUCAUAUAUGGCUUGGAAUCUGGAAUUCUGUUCGGGAUGGCUUCUGUAAUUUCGAAGAUGGGAUUUUUAUUCCUGGAGCAAGGUUUCCCCAGCCUGUUGGUUCCUAUGUGCAUCAUCAUCAGUGUAUUCUUUAGUGGUGCAGGCUUAUUCUACCAGACACGCGGCCUAAAGCAUGGGAGGGCUAUUAUAGUUUCUACAUGUGCAGCUGUGGCAUCAAUUUUGACUGGUGUACUUGCUGGGAUGCUUGCUUUAGGCGAGCGACUCCCUUCGGCCCCAAAAGCUCGUUUCGCACUUCUUCUUGGAUGGCUGCUUAUCAUUGUUGGCGUGGUUUUACUCGUGGGUUCAAAAAGGCUGGUGAGAUUUCUUAGAGUUCCUUCGCGCCGCUUUAAGAAUUAUGGCACUCGAAGAGUCGGGACAUCCCGUAUCAAGGAACCAAGCCCAACUGCUGUCGUUCAAGCAGCAACCUUGAAUCAUUUACUAUCAUCAGCUUCAAAAGAAAAAGCUUGAUUUGAAGUUAGCUGGAAAAUGAUCCUUCAUCCAUUCCCAACAAGAAAAAAAAGAAAGAUGGGAGGUGGGGGUUGUCUUGGUAGGUUGAUUUUGUGUAUAGUUGGUUCCUUCAUCAGAGGGCAUGAAUUUUCAAGGAUCAUUCCUUCUAGCUAACACAAUUUAAGUUCUGAAGAGAAGAAGGAGCCAUAGAAUUUUCUCCACUGUGAAGAAAGCAAAUCAGUUGGUCCACCAUGACAAAGACUAGGGACUCGGGAAUCACUUGUAGAGUUGUAGUGAGAAAAAGUUCAUAGUGCAAAAACAACCUCAGACUACUGGUUACUGAAGCAACCACAGAGUCAUCAUCACUCGUGAGUCGUGACCUGGGCCAAUGGUAACUGGCAGUAAGGCCUCAUGUUAUGGUUAUGGUAGUGACACUCUUUGCCCAUAUUUUUGUACUGUGCUUUUUAUGCUGCUUAUAUAUAGUUGUCUAAUUUAUUAAAAAAUGAUAAAUAUUAAUAUUUAAUUUAAAAAAUAUAAAAAUAAAUAAUUUUUAAAUUUAUCAUAAAAAAUAAGUUCGACAAAUUCAACACUAAACUUAGAAUUUAAAAUUUAAAGGAUAAAGUAUUAAAUUGGUCCCUUACGUUUGAGCGUAAUCCUGUUUUGGUCCUUAAGGUUUAAAAUGUCCUAUUUGAAUCCAAAAAAGUUUCAUUUAAUUUUAAUGUAGUCCAAUUGUGGAUCAAAGUUAUAUAAAUAACGGAAUGUCCUAUAUGGUAGCAGUACAAGAACAAUGUCGACAAUCUGGAGAACAAGCACAAGCUCUAGAGGUACAAAAUCAACUGUGGAUGCAUCAAUACAUUUAUUUAUCAUUUUUCUUGCAAUUUAAAUGAAAUAUUUUCUAUAAAACUAAAGAGAAUGAUAAAUAAAUAUAUUGAUGCAUCCACGGUUGAUAUUGUGCCUCUAAAACUUGUACUUGUUCUCCAGAUUAUCGAUCUUGUUCUUAUACUGUUGUUAUGUAGGAUAUUUCGUUAAUUAUUUAACUUUGACCUCACGGUAGAUUACAUUAAAGCUAAAUGAAAUUUUUUUGAAUUCAAAUAAGGCACUUUAAACCUUAAGAACUAAAAGUCUAAAACAGAAUUACGUCCAAACGUAAGAGACCAAUUUAAUACUUUACCCAAAUUUAAAAUUUAGAAUUUAGUUUUUAGUAUUUAGAAUUGGCUAAAUAGUAAAUAUUAAUAUAUCGGUGAUGCUGCAUGAUUAAGUUAUUUGAUAACUAAGAUCAAUCAAGUUGGUCCAAUAACUUAAAAAUUGAUAACUAUAAAUUUAGUUGAAAAAUUUUUCUUAACAAAAAAAUCAAUUUUCUUGGUCAUAGAAUAUUGUUUUAUUAUUAUUACCCCUUGGGACCUGGAAAAGACAACGGUGGAGGAGCCAAGUAAUUGUUAUGGAAUGACUACUGAUCAGAUGGAAACAACCGUAACCUUGAGAAUCCAUCUCCCAUGCAUGCAGUUACCCCUCUCAAUUCUCAAACAUGCUCAUCCCAAAAUUGUUUAUGCAUAUACCCAAAAAAAAAAUCACCAAACAAAUAAGCUAUUAUAUAUUUGUAUAAAUUUGUAUUAUUUAAUUUAUUUUUAAUAUGUAUUUUUUAUUUAAACAUGUAAUCUAUAAAUAAUAAUGGAGAAAUUGAAGAGAAUGUAAAACGUUGGAUACAAGUAAACUAGUCAAAAUAGUAGAAUGCGUCUAAUUUUUUAUAUGCGACAAAAAGUACCGUAAAAACUUAAAGAAAAAUCUUAUCCCAUGCUAUUAAACCGAUUAUGUUGUAUGAAACGGAAUGUUAGACGACAAUGGGUUAGCAAUAGCAUAAACAUAAGUAUAGUAAAGACGAGGAUGCUAAAAUAGAUGAGCGGCCAUUCACAUAUAAACAAAAUAAGGAAUGAAAAU